AUAAAAAAAAAGUAUUUUAUUUUGAAUUAUAGAUUUAUUAUUUAAAUAUCCCUGCAUCACAUGGGUAACUAACUUUAUAUAAGUCAACGGAAGGGCAGCACUUGUCGGGAAAAAUCGAUUAAACGCAAAAGUACUGGUGGAUAAAACGUCGCCUAGUUCACGUUGUUUCAUGAUCACUAGAAGAUCAGAAGCAGAGCAGCAUCAGGAGGCCAGCGGAUGGCGACUUCUGUCGUCCGAUUUUUCAUUAAUUUUUGUGAAAAAUUUUUUUUUUCAUAAUUCAGUGUAUAUUUUAUAAUAUAUAUUAAAGAUUGUUACAAGUUUUCAACACGAAAAGUUAUUAUUUUACAAAUAAAAAUUGUACAAUAUUUAUCAGUGUGGUGAUUCAGAUUGAACUCCAAUCUUUUAUGAGUCUGUGGAUUUAACAUCAAUUUCUAUGACAUCCGGCAAGGAAACGAUGGGUGAACAACCAAUUUUUACAUGCAAAGCGCAUGUAUUCCACAUAGACCCAAAAACCAAGAGGUCGUGGGUUUCAGCAUCUACAGCUGCUGUGUCUGUAUCUUUCUUUUAUGAUUCAACCAGAAGUUUAUACAGAAUUAUUUCUGUCGAAGGGACAAAGGCGGUUAUAAAUAGCACAAUUACUCCAAACAUGACAUUUACUAAAACUUCACAAAAAUUUGGCCAAUGGUCGGAUGUGAGAGCUAAUACUGUUUAUGGUUUAGGUUUUUCAUCAGAAGCUGAAUUAGGAAAGUUCAUUGAGAAAUUUCAUGAAGUCAAAGAAGCUACAAAAGUAGCUGGGGCCAAAUUGCAAUCAAAUAGCUCUUCAGUAACCCCAUCAACUAGUGCAAAUGUCAGUCCAAUCACUCAACGUUCUUGUAUGCCUUCAUCAGAACAAGAUUUAAUAGACCCUCCUAAUUCCUCGAUGAUUAAUUCAAACACAUCGGCUUCAAACAAUCCAAACCCAAAUACAAGUAUGAUUUCUGCGCAAAAUAGUGCAUCUUCAGUCAGCAGUAGCCCUUUACCUGGAACUUGUCAAUCUAAAGUUGAUGAAGAGUUGAAAAAUGCAGUUCAUGCAAGGUCUCAACAAAUAGCUUUGGCUCAACAACAGAGUAUUGAAAGUCCACAGCAUCAAGGAAAAUCAGGGCAACUUAGUUCUAAUCAAGUUAAUCAGUCAUCUGAAUUGCAAUUAAAAUAUGAAAAUGAUAGACUUAAACUUGCUCUUGCUCAGAGUUCUGCUAAUGCAAAGAAAUGGGAGGUUGAAUUAGCGAUGCUCAAAACAAAUAAUACUAGGUUAACGAGUGCAUUACAAGAGUCCACAGCUAACGUUGACGAAUGGAAGCGACAGUUACAAAUGUAUAAAGAAGAAAAUGCUCGAAUUAAAGUAAGGUACACCGAUUUAGAAAAUGGAAAAAUAUCUGAGGGUAACAGUGAAGCUCUGAAAUUAAGAGUUGAAGCAUUGGAAAAUGAAUUAAGAACCCGUAAUGAUGAGCUGAAAGCUAUUACUAUGACUGCAAAAAAUAAAGAUUUUAUUAGCUUGCAAAAAGAAAACAAUGAACUUCGUCAUACAUUAAGCGUGGUUCACGAACAAUUGGAGCUUGCGUUAAGUUCAAAUAAAGUUCAAAAACAAAACUUGGAAACGUUGAACUCUCGAUUGGCUGGUUAUAUUCAAGACUUAGCUACAGUGCAUCGAGAAAUUACGAACACACUGCAAACUUAAGUACAAUAAUUUUUAUUAUCUACUUUUUGUAACGCAGGGCGUAACGACCCGAUGAUUAACAAACUAACUCGGGUAAUCUAAUUUUUAAAUUCAAAAAGAUUAUUCAACAAAAAAAAACAAUCAAUGAAAAGAAGGGCCAUGUUCCAAAAAAAAAUACAUAUCUUGUAGUAGACUCCCUCCAACAUAUUUCAAUUGUGCCACAUUAAAAUUUUUUUAUUUAAUGAAUUUUAUACACAUUAGAUUUUUUAUGAUUAUUUUAAUCUUUAACUAGAAAAAAAAGUCAACUGAGUGACUGUAUUUUAUUUUUAUUUUUACUUUUUAUUGAUAAAAGUAUAGAUUCUUUUACAAGAACUCAUCAUUAUCGUUGCCAAGCACAAAUGCCAUAAUUGUAUAAAUGUAUUUAGUGUAAAAGUAUAAUUGAUCGUGUUUAAUCGAUAAUAUAGAUAUUAUUUUUUAAUAAGACUGAAUUUUUUUUAGACUAUUAGCUUAUAUUAUUUAAACUCAUUCGCUUCCAAAACUAAAAAUGAAAGAGCUUAAAAAAACGAAGUGUGGAGGAGUUAUUAUACAUAUCAAUAAAAUAAUUGAUAUGUACUCGUUAAAAAUGUGUCCGUUUUUUUGGAGCCCGUCCCUUUAAUCGAUAAAAAAAAUUAAUAAAUUGAUGGUGAUGUACAUCAUACGCACCUCAAUUGAAUGCACAAUUGCAAUUAGUGAAAAUUAGAUAAAUAACAUUUAAAAAAAAAAAUAAAAAUAAAUAAAUUUUCAAUUUGAUGAAAUUAUUUGUUUCAAUAUAAUGGUGACCUAGACAUUUAGAAUUAUUCUUUUAUUUAUUCUGAUGAAUCAUUGAUAUAUUAUACAUGAUAUUAUACUUAAAUAUAUAAAAAUUAAUUUGGUUCAUCUGAAACAAAAAUGGCUGAUCAUUAUUAGUGAAAUAAAUAUAUUGAUUAUAAAUUAAAAAUGUUGUUUAAACUAUCAAAUCGUCGAUAAUAUUUUACUUUAAUGACGAUUCAUUUGUAUUUUGUUGAAUUUUAUACUAAUAACGGUAUUAAGUAGAAUUAUUUAUCACAAAAAAUGUGCAUUUAUCUACGUAGAAGAUUUCACAUAAAUUUAUGUAAACAAUUUAUUUAUUGGGUGGCUAAUAAAAUAAAUGUAAAUUAUCUUUGUUGAGGUUGAGUUUAAAUCGGUCAAUAAAAUAAUAUGAUCGCACAAUUUUGGCCAAUUUGCACACAUUCACAUACUCGCAAUAACAAUAAUGAUUUUAAUCUGUUAAACAAGACUAGCUAAUUAAUUUUAUGUCGACGAUAUUUUUUAUUUACGUGGAAACACAAUAGACUUAAAUUAGUUAAAUUAAUUUUUCAAUCUGAAAUAUUUAAAAAUUAUUACCUCAAUCAGUGCGUUACAAUUAAGGUAUAUAUCUCAAUUAAUAAAUUAAUCGCAAUUUCUAUUGUUUAUAUAAAAUAUUUCAAGUAAAUGGUUUUGUUAAUAUGUUAAGCAUUUAUAAUAUUCGAAUAAUAAUUAAUUUCAAAGACUAAUUAUUAAGAUAACUAAUCAUUAGUUUUUAAAUAAAUAAAACUAAAAUUUCUAAGCUUCUUAUUAAAUUAAACUUUUGGACAAUAAUAGUUUGCGUUUAACAUGAGCGUUAAAUAGUAUUUAAUUCGUAUAAAGAAUAAUUAUAUUCUAUCGUUUUUCUACAGAAUAUCAAUCAUAGUAUUAAAUCGAAAGUUAACAAAAUUUUACGUACAAACUGACAGAGUUAGUUAUAAUUAAAAUUAAUUAUUUUUUAAAACUUGAAUUAACGUGUUUAACGACAGUUAAUAAACAAAGACUAUUUAAAUAUUAUCAUUCCUCCUUUUGGUAUUCAAUUUUAUCAAUUUAAUUAAAAAUAGCUAUAUCAACAGUCUUGUUUGAUAGGUCACUUUUCUAUAAAUGUAUGAUACAAAAUAAGUUUAAAUACUUAUAAUAGUACCCUAAUAAGUGUUGAUUUAUUAUUAAUUAUUAAAGUUUAAACUUUUUAUAAAAAAUUAUAAACUAUAAAUAUGUAGAGUAGGAUAUUAAACUUUUCUAAGAAUGUUAAUUGAGAUAUUUACCUUAGGUGAAUUUUGCACAUAGACGAAUAAUGAUUUCUGUAUUGCUAUAUUAGUUUACUGUAACUGUUAAUAUUUUAUUGCGAUCAACAAUAUAUUAAAUGUAUGAUCUCAAGAAAUAGCAGAGAUAAAGAAGAAAUUCGAUAGAUUGAUUUAAUCAUUUGGUUCUUUUUAUAAAAAAUUAUGACGUAAUAGAAUUUAAAAGCGAACUUUUUGUUUGUGUAUAAUAUGUUUUAUUGACUUAAAAAUCUAUUGAAAUUAUACACGCCAUAUUUUUAAGUAUGAAGUCGACAGAAGAAUGUUAAUAUCAAAUUAAUAAUUUUUACUCGUAUAUUAAAGUAAUCUUAAAGCUGAGAGUAGUUAAAAAAUUUUAUACUUUAUUAUUUACUUAUAAUAACAUUUUUUAAAAUUGUACGUAUAUCAAUAGCAAUCCAGUUAUUAUAGAAGUCAAAUUUAAAAUUAUAUACAACAAAAAAAAUAAUAUAAGCAACAGGAUUACCUUAAUCAUAUUUAUAUUAUUAGUAAUUUUUUUUAUUAUUAAUAAUUUUCGAUUUAUUAAAGAAAAUACUCAUUUAAUGUAAAAGAUUAUUUAAAAAAUUAUUUCGUAUGUGCAAUCCAUUGCAUUUAGUCAUGAGUUAAAUGAGAUACGGGAAAUCUACUCAAUUUUUUUUACUAAUACUAAUAAAUAAGGUAAAAAAAUUUACAGCUAAAAUGACAUCAUUUAUAUUGUAUUUUACAUAAUUAUGAUUUAUAACAGUUGUUUUAUAAAUUAAUAUUAAGGUCGUUACAUGACGUUUUUACAUUGACAAAAACAGAAAAAAAAUAAAAAAAAAAAUAAUCAUUGUCGAGAUACCAAAUAUCUUCCUUGGAAAGAAAUAAUAAGUCAUGUAUUUAAAAUUUUAUAUAAAUAUUUUAUGCGUUUUUAAUCUUUAAACUAAUAGAUCAUUUUUUAAUAAUAAAAUACUUUGUAUAAUGCAACAAUUAAUCAAUGUUAUUAUUUACGACGGUAAUUUGCUUUCAUAUGAAAUUGUGUUUUGUUGAAUUAUAAUAAUUUUAAUUAUAGCUAAUAUUAUUAUGUUUGUGUAUUAGAAAAAAAUAUUGUUUUUAUGCGUCUGCAGUGAAAUAAUUGUUUGUUUGAAAUAUAUGAUCGGUACAAACUGAACAAGCUUUAGUAAUAGAGCUUGUAAGAAAUGACCGUUUUCUUAUAUUAAGAUUGGAAUAUGAGUGAUUCAAUAAUUAUAUUAAUAUAUUAAUUAAUAAUAACUCCAUUCACGUAAAUUGUGUAUGUUUCUAAAACGAAAAAAUUGAAUUAAAUAAAAACAGCGCAGGACUCGUAGUGAACGAACAAAAGUUAACACAAAAAAUAAAAAUAAAAGUUAAAGUAAAAACCGUAAUUUUUAGAGUAUAAUUAUAUUGUACUCGAUACGGUAAAAAAAUUAAAUAAAGUUGGCAAUACACUUGAAAA